GAACAAACCGGUGUGUCUUUAACCUGGGAGCUUGGAAAACGUUGUGGGCACAAAGAGGUUUGCUGUGGUCAGCUUCUCUUGGCAGGCAGCCUUCCUUCUGCUGGAAGAAAGCUGUAGAAAAUGACACUCCCAUCUGCUCCUGUGUGGUCCAUAGUGCUUACCUGGGUGUGAGAAUGCGGGACGUUGGCCUGAUGAAGUGCUUACACGACAACUGCUUACACCAUGGAGAAAAAAAACUCCUUCCUCACUGCUGUCUCUUCAAAUCUCAGUGAAUGCAGCUGGUAUCGCUGUGUUGCCUAGCCCCUGUGCGGCUUGGGUGAGCCCAGGUAAGGUUAAGCACAGCCUUGCACAUCUGAUCCAAAUACAUAAAAUCAUAAAACGUCUUGCACUGUUCAGAUAAUAAGAUAUCACUGCAUAACAGUUUCAAGAGAUCAUGGAGUGUAAGGUGUCCUUCUGACAGAAAGGCCAUCACUUACAUUGGGAUUUACAGAUUAUUCUCCUCUGAUGUUGUCCUGUUUGCCAGCAGGACAAAAUUAUAUGAUGAAUGUCUCAUGAGCAGCUCCCUUACUCAGUACGGACUGUGACAAAAAAGGUUGUUAAAUAAGAAAUUGUGUUUGAUGAAGGCAAAUCCCAGUACCAGGAAAGUACAUGAGAACUUAACAAACCCACAUUUCAGUGUCCCUUGUAUAAAAAGUUAUAGCAGAAAAUCUUUCGGUCAGUGAUUCAUGAUCCUUGAGGUCCCUUCCAACCUGGGCCAUUCUGUGAUUCUGUGAUGAUGGGGUAUUUUUAAGUGUCAGUAGUGUGAUAAUGAUUAUUGCUUGCUCUUACCAAUGCUUAAAUUUUUCAAAUGCUUUGCCCAGAGUUGUUUGUUUGUUUGUUUGUUCAUUUGGUAAUUACUUACCUUUUCCAGCUCUGAAUGUCAGUGCUUUGAUCUAGGACUGAAUGUUAACAAACUAGUUUGCAAGUAGGUAAGUCUUCCUUCAGUCACUUCUCAAUUAUAGCUAACAUAAGCUGAAGAACUCAUGGCACUUGGAAUAUGGAAGAUGUAUAAAGGAGCACUUUAUCCUUCUUCCUCAGCCCUCUGGCUCUCGUUGGAGCUAAGGAAACAGGCAAUGUGCUAAAGGUACAGUGAGACUCACCCAGUGCGCUGUGGCCCUGGAGCACACAGUUAGUCUGACCUCCUGUCCUUGCACAGGCUGGCAUUGACAGCUGCUGGAACAACAAGGCAGCCCUCAACAGCCAACAGUAUCCACCAACAUAGAAGAAUUAGGAGGUGGGAGUUAGGAUACAUCAUGCCAGGCUAGCCUGAUGGCAAAACAAAUGGAUUCUGAAAAUGAGAAAGGCAGGAAAGUUCUCCUUUUUCUCUUCCUCUGAAAACUAAGCUUGUCACCUCCCAUUUCUUUUGUUUUCAACCCCUGUAAAGUAUAAGAAUCUUCGGUAUUACCUAUGUUAAUAUGUGCAUACACAUGAAUCUAAAUCAUGAGCAUGUUGGCAGUUAGAAGAUGUCUACUUUAGUAUUCUUAAAACUCCCUUUGUUUCUUGCUGAAGCAACCUGUAUCUAGUACAGGCCGUGACCUUGUGUCUCUGAUAGGAACACUGAGCUGUAUUCAGCAGCUACCAGCACUAUGCCUACAUGGCUGUGGCUGUGAUUUGGUUACAGGUAUGCAUGGGAUUGUUGAGUGUGUGCUAGUCUCAGCCUGCCUAUUGGCCUUGUUCCCUGAGGCAAUGGGAGAUGGUCAGCAUGCAUCUACAUGUAGACACUGUGGGAAAUGAGCAUACUGGCAGUUUGGGUGAACUCAUGCAUCUUGAAUAAGACAAUAUACAUACACCUCUUCUAGAGAAUGGCAAGUUGGUGACAGCAAAACACCAAGCAGUUCUUAAGUAGAAUAGAGAAUUUUCAUGUAGCAUAAUCUAGUUGAGGAAAUGAGAUUUUAUGGGAAGUCUUAAAUGAUUCAGAGCUUCAGGUACUGUACACAAUCACUGAAUCCUUUCACACUAUUGAAGUGUUGCCUUUUCUGUUGUUUCAGGAUGCUUACCAGAACGCCGAGUGUUGUUGCCCAAGUGUUCCUUCUUCUAAGUAUAAUUCUUAUCAUUGCUAUUGCAGUGAUUCAGAUAAAUCAGCAAAAGAUUCUUUCCCCAGGCCUUAAGUAUGGAAUAGUCCUUGAUGCUGGAUCUUCACGGACUACAGUCUAUGUCUAUGAAUGGCCAGCAGAAAAAGAAAAUGAUACGGGAGUAGUGAGCCAAACCUUCAAGUGUGAUGUGAAAGGUCCUGGUAUAUCCAGUUAUGAGCAUAACACAGGAGCCCUUGCGAAACCCCUUGAUGAGUGCCUGAAUAAAGUCAAGGAGAGAAUCCCAGUUCAUCUACAUAAGAGCACUUCAAUUUAUCUAGGGGCUACAGCUGGCAUGAGACUGCUGAGGUUGCAAAAUGAAACAGCAGCCAACGAAGUCCUCGCAAGCGUUCAAAACUACUUCAGAGCACAACCUUUUCGAUUUAGGGGUGCGCAUAUCAUAACUGGGCCAGAGGAAGGGGUGUAUGGAUGGAUAACAGCCAACUAUUUAAUGGGCAAUUUCUUAGAGAGAAACCUUUGGAGGACAUGGGUCCAUCCAUACAGAAAAGAGACCAUGGGUGCACUGGAUCUCGGAGGAGCUUCCACUCAAAUUUCUUUUAUCCCAGAGGACUCUCAGGAGAACUUCAAUAACACCAUACAAGUGAAGUUGUAUGGUUACGACUACAAUGUCUACACUCACAGCUUCCAGUGUUAUGGGAGAGAUGAAGCUGAGAAAAGGCUUUUAGCAUUGCUGCUUCAGAAGUCAAGCACCAGUUCCAGUGUGAAUAAUCCAUGUUACCCUCGGAAUUACGAGACUGCCUUAACAAUGAAGUACUUCUGUGGCAGUCUUUGUACACAGUCCCUGAGACCAGCAAACUAUUACCCAAACCAAUCCGUAAUCUUCCAUGGAACAGGAGACCCAGGUCUGUGUCAAGAGAUGGUUUCAUUAUUGUUUAACUUCACUACUUGCAGAAACCAGGAGGACUGUCCAUUCAAUGGAAUCCAUCAGCCAAAAGUUAAAGGGAAUUUUGUGGCUUUCUCAGGAUUCUACUAUACAAUUAAUGCUUUGAAUUUAUCUGGGCACUUUUCUCUAGCUGACUUCAAUUCAAGUAUGUGGUUUUUCUGUUCACAAAGCUGGGCCCAGCUCCAGUUUAUGCUACCUAAAUCGGAAGAAAUAUACACGAGGUCCUACUGUUUUUCAGCCAAUUUUAUUUAUUACUUGCUUGUACAUGGCUACAACUUUGAUGCAGGGAAUUGGCCACAGAUACACUUUCAAAAGGAGGUUGGUAACAGCAGCAUAGCAUGGUCCCUUGGUUACAUGUUGAGCCUCACCAACAUGAUUCCAGCAGAAGGCAAGCUGAUCCAGUUACCUCUGAAACCUUCUUUGUUUGCUGGGCUCCUCAUCUUCCUCACUGUUCUGGCACUGUUGUGUCUUUUCUUCCUUGUUUACCUGUGUAUUGUGUCACGUAAUCAGAAGGUCAUCAGUCAUGUGGAAUAUGUAUUUACUCCAGAAUGAAAAAACUUACCUGAAGACUGACCAAAAAAUUCAUAAUCCUAUAAAGUUAUAUAGAACUUUAUAUUUGAAAAACAUAGUUAAAGACAGGUGAAAAGUUCUGAAAAGACCAGAAGCAUAAAUAAAGGAGACAAGAGGCACUAAGGAGUCUGUGAUGUGGUAAACCGGAGUGCUUCUGAAAUAUUUUGGCAGUUGCUUCUGUAAAAUUAGUGUAUUCAAUGUAAAGCAUUGAUAGCUGAAGCAAGAUAAAGCAUGGGCAGGCAUGCUGCUUUGCUUAUUCAUGUUUUUAUAGUCUUUCUGUCAGAUAUGUAUGAAUUUUUGUCCAUUAAUUCUGUGCCAUCUGAUAAGUGAUGUAUUUGAUCAAUGGCAGUGGUUGUUUACGAUAAAAUUUAAGAAUGAGUCAGUAGAAAUUGUGAGAGAAGAGAACAUAGUGGCUGUUCUUGUGUGUGCUGCUGACACAGAACCCCCAAACAAUCCAGCUUCUGAAAGUGGAACAAACACUGGGUAAUCACAUGAGCUGAUGGGAACAGCACAGCUGGGAGCGAGUUGUUUUUAUUGCCAUUCCAAACAAUUGAUCCCCACCAUGUUAGGGUGUGAAACAUUGCCAACAUCUUUCAGGACUGUCAAGCCCAUCUUAAAGCUGAGUAUAUUUUUAGCUCUACAAAGAUCUCAGAAUGCCUCUGUUAUGGCACAUUUAGAUUCGCUUUGAAGGCGGAAGUAAAAUCUUUUCAGUAAUGGAACCUAAUUUUCAAUGUAUCAUAAUUACCUCCAGAAGCCUGUAGAGUUUUCAGGGUCCUUUUUUUUUCUGUAAUAACGAUGACAAACAUUUGUGGUAUUUUCUUGUCCUGACCGUAUUCCUCCUAAUCUCAGAUACAGUAAGUACCAGCUUGACACGUACAUAUUAUUUCAACUGUCUUGGAUCUUCUGAAGCACUAAUGUGAGUAGGCAAAAACUUCAGCUCUUCCUUCAAGGCUAAGAGGAUUAGGAGGCAAGCUGCAGGCCAGAAGAACUGCCUUUAUGUGGUGGGUUUGAGACCACAAAGCUGCAGUCACAAUUGCUGUUUUCAGCUGUCUUUAUCAGCCUUUCUACUGUCCUGGCCUCAGCAUUCUUUCAGCAGCACUGGGAUAUAUGUAGCAGAUGCUUUUGUCAGUGGCAUUGACUCCAAACCUUUACUGGGAACACAACUACCUUCAUUCUCUUAAGAGUUGCCUUCCUUUAAAGCUCAGGCAUUCUGCACCAAACCUCUAAUUCUUACCCACUUAAAUCUUGGAGUACAAAUUUACGUGAUGCUCAAGGUGUCCUUCAUGGAAAUUCCUCCUUCCCCUGUCUGUCUUUUGUGCAGCUUUGUCCUUCCUUAGCUGGCUUUUGAACUAGCCCUUGGAAAAGACUUCUGCAAAGUCUGCCAUCUCCUCCCUUUGUACAGUGUCUCUGUUCCUCUUCGUAUUGCCUUAACAUAAUCUGUGAAUGUAUGAGGGGGACAUAUCCUUAGGGCUUUGGAGUUGGCAGAAGGAGGGAAUUGCUGUGCUGUUCAGGACCUGCAGGAAGAGAAAAAGCAUCUCUGUUUCUCUUCCAACUUCCGCCAUCUCCUUUUGCCCAGAUUCACUACCUACAUGGAGCUCUGUUCACCCACCAUAUUCCCCCAAAUGUCCUACAAAUAGCUGCUGCCAACAUACUAAUAUAUUCCUCCCUUUCCAGCCUCUCAGGAUUGCUUCCCUCUGCAGGAAGUUUCCCUUGCUUGCAUCAUAGCUUCUCUGAAGGGAUGGUUAUUCAAUUCUUGCACUGAAGUUUUCGGUAUGAGAAAGUGUAAACCAAAGGUGAGACUGCCAUAUUCAGCAUCUUCUGCUCACUGGCUAAAGCCCAUGAGCAGCUAACAAAGAAGUGAAAUUAUUAAAAAUUCACUUGGACUUACAGAUACACUUGGAUAGAGCCAGUGCCUAUUCAAAGAAUCUCUCUCUCCAUGAAUCACAAUCUGUGCCCUCUUCUCCCUAUGUAUAUAAUGUCUUUACUGAAUCAGUAUGACAGCCAGUCGAUUAAGAACUCAGUCUUAUGUCUCCUGUCAGUUUUAGCUAGGAAAGCUGAAACUAUUGAACUUCAGUCAGCCAAUUGCACCACUGCAGCUUACAGCUUCCUCCCAGUCAGCAGCAUCAUCCCCAUUCAGUGUCAGAGGUAAAAAGUACUGCUCGGACACGGGCAGCUUGGCUGUCCCUGGCUGUCGUGGUUACUUCUGGGGGAGAGGUGGAGCAAUGGAGAUGUGAUUCUGACUAAAUCCUCCCCCAGGUAUGAGUCAGAACCUGAUCAGCAGGUGUAACUUCCCCACAUCUACCACUGAACAGAUGUGGUGGGGAGCCAAUGAGGUGAACGGGAUUUGGGAACAUUGCAAACUACAGCUUAUUUAUCUUUUUGUACUCUUUACUGCUUGCUUACAAAGAUUAAUACAAAUAAAUUGUGAAAAGCUAAGCCAACUGUACUUUCUUUUCCCCAUCUUUUGCAAAUAUCAGUAUUUUCCCCUUGGCAGACAGAUUAUUCCUAUUAGAAGCAGAGGAAGACUGAAAUGAUUUUCUGUGAUAUAAAUUUGCAAGUUGUAGAACUCAUCUGUGAGUUUCUGGAGUGGACAGUGCUAUAUUCUAUAUUCUCAAUGAGGAAACAACAGUGGCUUAAACCAAGCCACUCUCAAUUAUUAUUUUUUAAUAUGCAUAUAAAUCUGCAUAUAUAUAUAUAUACACAAUACAUAUGAACAACUUCUACUUUUGAACACUUAAUAUUUCUUUCAGGGACACUGACAUGUUUAGGGUUUACUUCAGGUUCACUGCUGUAAUACAGAUCUGAAAGGUUGUGUGCCAAAGAGAGGAACUUCCCAGAUAUUGAGGUAGGUAAUGAUACAGAUUGUUUAGAAAGAGAUCUGUCAGGCAUCAGGAGCAGGAGCGUGUAAUACAGAGCAAAAUCUCAGCUGUGGAGAAGCAGAAGAAAACAACAAGAGAUGAUGUGCCUGCAGGCAUCACUGAGGGGUGGGCAAAAGUGACAAACUUCUCUUAAAGCAGCAUGCAAAAGAAAGCAGUAGCUGUUACUGCAUGGUAUAAUUGAACACUGGUAAGUUCAGAGGACAGAAAAAGAAGUAAAUAAAACCACAGUGUGAUAAUCAUGUCCCAAGUCGGGGAGUUUUUAUUCAUUUUAAAAAUUCUGUUAUUUUAGUACCAAUUUAUAUUCACUUGGAUGGCAAUGAAGCCAUGUCUCAAAAUAGUGCUCACCUUCAGUUACCAGUGUUUUCUUCUGUGUGUACAAUAUACAAUGCUGUAUGAGUACAUGGGCCGUAUCUAGAGUUGCUUGCUUGGCAACAUUUCUGCCGGCUAACUGUAGAGUUUUAAAAGUCUACAAAAGAGAGAAAACUUUUGUAAAUCCAAAAAUAACACCUGUCCCAGCACUGAUCCCUGAGGAACACCACUUGUCACCGGUCUCCACUUGACACUGAGCUGUUAACUGUAACUCUUUGAGUGAAACUGUUCAGCCAGUUCCUUAUCCAGCGAGUGGUCCAUCCAUCAAAUCCAUUUUUCUCCAUUUUGGUGACCAGGAUGUCAUAUAGGACAGUGUCAAACAAACUGCACAAGUCCAGGUAGGUGACAUCAAUUGCUCUUCCCUUCUCCACUGAUGCUGUAAUUCCAUCAUUGCUUUGGCAAUGAUUUUUCAUACGACCGCAUUUGUGCUCUCAGAUGUUUUUGUUAUUUGAUGGUAAGGCACAGCCCAAGUCAUCAGCACAGUCAGGAGUGACAUUUGAGUAUCUGCCAUAAAACAUGCAAAGGCUGUUAAAAAUUCCAGAGGUUUAUGUUGUCCCCCUUCCUUCCUCUUACAAAGUCCCUCAGAGAUUUGGUUCAUCAAAUAAGGAAAAGGAGAAAUAUUUUUCCAGAUCACUGUAGAAUGGAAGAAUCCAAAAGACAGCAUCUUCGGCUGACUUGAUCGAGAGCAUUGGUUAACAACAUUAAUACGUGCAUUAAUAUAUUGCUACUGUAAAGCAUAUGAUAUAUAAUGUUAUAGUGGUAUUCUGGAUAGAACUUCUCAAAAAUACCUGAUGCUGUUAAGUGCUCGUAAAGGUUUUUAUGAUCAGUUCCCCAGGCAUUUACAUAAUAAAUACAUCAAUUAAGAGAACUUGGAGGGGAAGGCUCUGAGGUGGCCUGACGGCAGGCUUUCAACACCUAAAGGGGGGCUACCAGAAAGACGGGGACAGACUCUACCACGGUCUGUUGCGACAGAAUGAGGGGAAGUGGUUUCAAGCUUGAAGAGGGGAGAUUUAGGUUAGAAAUGAGGACAAAGUCUCUUACAGUAAGGGUGGCGAGGCACUGGCACAGGCUGCCCAGAGAGGUGAUGGAUGCCCCAUCCCUGG